AUGUCAUUCAUCACGUCUGCUCUUGUCGCAGCAAUCAUUGCGUUUGUUUGCCUAUAUGCCGUCCGGCAACUUGUGCCGAGCUCGUCAUUGCCUCUGCCGCCAGGGCCUAAACCACUUCCACUCAUUGGCAACGCCCAUCAAGCACCCAAGUCCCAUGCCUGGUUUCAGUUCACCAAAUGGGGCAGAGAAUACGGUCCGAUAUUCUACAUGAAUAUGCUUGGACAGCCACUCAUUGUACUGUCCACAUCGCGGGCGGCCCACGAACUUCUGUCGAAGCGCGGCGCCACAUUCUCGGACCGCCCCAAGAUGUUUGUGGCCCAGGAGCUGGCAUUGAAGAACCUCAAUGUGCUCCUCAUGGACUAUCAUGAGCGUUUCAGACUCCGUCAGAGACUCGAAAAUACGGUUCUCAACCAGGGUGUGUCGGCAAAGUAUCGUGUUAUCCAGGCCCUGGAGUCGAAGCAACUCCUCUUUGACCUUUUGAAGAACGCAUCUGGCAAGGGGGCGGAUGUGCACAACUACUUUGAGCGAUCAACAGCCAGCACGAUCUUUGCUUUGUUCUACGGCCACCGCAUUAUGAAUGCCGAGGAUCCUGAUCUCCUUGGUGCCACGCACCUGAACGACGAGUUCUCCGAGUUUGUCCAGGUAGGCAGGUUUCUGGUCGACACCUUCCCUGCAUUGAAUAUCCUACCCGGCCCAAUGGCGCCAUGGAAGAAAAUGGCAGAGUCUCACUUCCAGCGCAGACGAGAGAUGCACAUCAGAAGUCUGGACAGGGGUCUCAAGGAGCCCGGCUGGACAUUCUCAAAGCAACUGCAUAAGACGAUUCACGACGAACAGCUCCCUCUACCGUAUGACGAACUUGCGGCUGAGUUCGGAACCCUAGUGUUGGCCGCUCUAGACGGUACCGUUGAAACGAUGAUGUGGUUUGUGAUUGCCUGCAUUACUCAAGACAGGGGCUUUGUUGCCAAGGCACAGAGACAACUGGACGAGGUUGUUGGCCGGGACAGACUGCCCUCUUUCGACGACAAGCAGAAGCUGUGGUACAUAACCGCCAUUCUGGAGGAGAUGAUGAGAUGGCGCCCGGUCGGCGCAGGUGGCGUUCCUCACUUCACCAAGGUGGAGAGCACGUACGAAGGAUACAGGAUCCCUGCUGGCUCCAUUGUCAUAGCCAACCACUGGGCUAUCACACGCGAAGAGGCUGUCUUUGGGCCGGACGUAGAGGACUUUAUGCCAGAGCGCUGGGUCGCUCCAGACACGGCCGAGACCGGCCAAAUCAGGGACCUCCCGGUUGUCGGAUUUGGCUACGGGAGGCGUACCUGCCCUGGCAGGCAUUUUGCGCGAAACAUCCUGUGGAUCUCAAUGGCGCGGGUGUUGUGGGCAUUCAAGGUCAAGGCCGGCCUCGACGAGCAGAUGGAAGAGACGGUUGUUGAGGCACUGAACUCGACGGAUGGUCUGGUCAUGAGACCGCUUGCCUUCAAGGCUUCGUUUGAGCCGAGAGAUCAGAAUGCAAGGCAGAUAGAUCAUCGAGCGAGAAUGCGAUACAACCCAAGAAGACCUCGCAGCUUUGCUCACAGAAAUUGGCGAAUGCCUCACCCGUAUGCACAAGAAAGGAAAUUAGCGAGGGGAACUUUUGGAUGUGACAUUUAUAAGAAGAAGUUCACAUAUCCUGGUCAAAUUGAACUCUCAUAA